GAACGUUUUUGGACCUAAGCCUCGACAUCAGAUUGACUGAAUGUAAAUGAGGUCGUAAAAAUAUGGAAUCCAAACAAAGAUGAACAGUGAUUCUUUUUCGUGGUGAUGAAGAUUGGGUUGUGUACUGCGAAUUGAAAAAUGACAGACUUGCCACUUCAGUUUCAUGAUUUUAAGCACCUUGAUCACACAAAGAGAUGCCCAAAAUAUUCUGCUAUUCUUUCAAGACCAGUAACUGCUACAGUACAGUCAAAUGAACUUGAUGAUAUAUUCACUGACUUAGAAACACUACUUGGUGCUGCUAAUAUACGUCACAGACAACUUGAAUCAGAGCUGAAAAUUCUAGGGGAAUGGGCUGAUAAAAAGGACAGAAAACCUGGCUUUGAAUUAGAACUUCUCACAAAUGUUCCUACUGGGAAAAAAUCUGGAAAAUCUAGCAUUGACGAAAGGCCAUCAAAGAAGCAAAGGAUUGAUGAAGCAAAGUCAGGGAAAGUGAAAGGAAAAAUUUCAAAUAAGGUUCCAAAAGCAGAACCUGACCCUGAAGUCUAUGUUUCAAAGCCUAAACCCUCAGCUGAUAUGCCAAAUAAGUUUUGGGCAGCUGUAGAACCUUACUGUGCUGAUAUAACAUCUGAUGACUUGAAAGUUCUUGAAGAUAUAUGUAACUCAGUUUCAGAGGAAAGUGAGUUUUUUAAAGUUCCAUCUCUUGGGAAGCAUUAUACCCAGGUUUGGGCCCAAGAAGAUCUUAAUGAAGAGCAAUGGGAGGGUAGCAAGACAGAAAAAAGAAGAGGCACUUUAACAUCAAAUCAAGAAAACAUUGAUAUUGAGAAAAAAGCAAAGCAUGUAGACGCUAACAAUUUGAUUAAUGAAGAUGAAACAUGUCCUUUUGGGGCUUUGACUCAAAGAUUGAUAUCUGCCCUUGUUGAUGAGAAUAUCCUGGCACCUAUGGAUGAAAAUGACAUUUCUGAUUCUUCUAAAUCUAGUGGGAAUGAUGGAGGCACUGUUGCUAUAGCUAAUCCAAUGAAAAUGUUUACAAUACCACAUGCUAAAGCUUUAGAAAAUGCCAUAAAAGAUGAGUUGGUGAAUCUUGGAUUGAUUGAAUCACACAGUGACGAAGAAGAUGUUGAUUUUGAUGAUGAGGUUUUGAUUGAGUUACGGAGGCACCAAAAUGAAUUGAAGGCAUUGAUGCAGAAAAACAAGAGAGCAGCUAUCUCCUUGUUAGAUAAGGCAAAGAAGGAAAUGCAAAAACAAGAGUUGAAACAAAAAGCCAAAGUUAUUGAUGCUGAAGUUAUGGACUCUUUCAGAAAAGUCAUGGCUGCCAAGCAGAAGAAAAGGAGUUUGACCAAAAAAGAAAGAGACGUUGCUUGGAAAGCUUUAAGGGACCGUGAGUCGAUCUUAAAACUUUUAGACACUCAAAAAUGAUCAGAUUUAUUAUAUUCAUUUUAUUGCAAUCCUCAUGUAAAAGAAAAAGCACUGUAUCAUUUAAUUUUGGAUAAUCAAAUAUUAUUAACAA